CUUUUGAUAAAACUGACAUGCACGCAGGUUUUCUGGCAAGAAGCAGUGAACUGUAAUUCGUGAAGCCUGAGAUUCAGAAGUUGAAGGCUGAAACAGCACUCGGAAAGUGGUGUCUGGCAAACCGAGUCAGCAAGACGCGCCAUGGCUGCGCAGAAAGCCACCAGUUUCCUAUCCAACCUCACCAAGUCUUUGCGGAUCAAACCUCCCUGGAAGAUAACAGGACCAGCAGCGGGUCAGGAAUACUUGGAGUCAGUUCCAGAUGCUGGCGAGUACAGGAAGUGGGGACCUGGGACUGCUCCGAAGAGAGUUUACAUCCCUCAUUCAGAACCUGACCACGUGUACAAUAUCAAAUACUACGAGCGCGACAGCCGACGGCAGCCUCGAACGAGGAGUAUUGUCCAAUUCGACCCCAAGGAGAUGGCAGCGAUUGAAGCGGAGAAGGCUGAGCUGCCGCCCACGCCGGGGAGAUACUAUGGGGAAACGUGGGGGAGGAGAGUGCCGUUGAACGAUGUUGGAACAGAUGACGGGUAUACUCAUUGAGCUCACAAGAUGCAAAGACUUAUAUCGUCAAGCUGGGCCUUGAAAAGCCGAGACAGCAACUGUUGGGCACCAGGAACGGAGGGAGCCGAAACUUGCAACUUUAGAAGAGUACCUUUACACGGUGAGGACUUCAAAGCUGAUCCACCAUUUAGACGCCACAGAAUAAGAUGCUUUAGUUCAGCAUCGAGGAAGUGGUGUUUUACUCAUGUUAAGACUCGAUCGAAACUGGUAUUGAAGGUCUCUGAGGUCAGUCGAUUCUGUUGAUGCGUGAGACUGGCAGAUGGAUCAACCAAGCACGUGUAUAACCAUUAUAACAAAAUCAUUAAUGGUUAUGCACUUUGUUGUGCUAUAAUUUACGGUCG